CAAUCAGCUGUUUUGUGCCGCAUAAUCCAAUCCCUUACAAAAAUGUUGGCUGCCCGCAGAUUACUACGCAAAGCUCGGAUAUCCGGCGCCCUAAGCUGGUCACGAUGGAGCAGCGAUGCCGCCAAGGCCACCACAGAAGCCUCCACAUUAGAGGGCAACGCGGAGAAGCGCCAGCAGCUGCUCAACGAACUGGCGGAACCACUGGACCAGCGGAGUCGUCCCGCCAUUGAUCCCAAAGAGACGACCGUGAUGCUGUUCCCCGGCCAGGGCACCCAGUACGUGGGCAUGGGCAAGGAGCUGCUCCGAUUCCCAGGCGCCCGCCGCAUCUUCGAGCUGGCCAACGAGGUGCUGAAGUACGAUCUCCUCAAGCUCUGCUUGGAGGGACCACGUGACAAGCUCAAUCGCACGGAGCACGCCCAGCUGGCCGUGAUGGUCUCCUCGCUGGCGGCCCUGGAGCAGUUGCGCGAGGAGCGGCCCAAGGCCAUCGAGACGUGUGUGGCCGCCGCCGGCUUCAGUCUGGGCGAGAUCACGGCCCUGGUGUACGCGGAUGCCCUGCCCUUCGACAAAGCCCUGCGCCUGGUCCAGGUGCGGGCCACUGCCAUGCAGGCGGCCUGCGACCAGGCAGUCGGCGCCAUGGCCAUGACGCUCUACGGACCGGACACCAAUCUUGGCGAGGCCUGUGCCCGUGCACAGCAGUGGUGCUUGGACAAGGGCGUGGAAGCGCCCUACUGCGGCAUCGCCAACUACAUGUAUCCGCACUGCAAGGUGGUGGCCGGCAAUGUGGAGGCCCUCGAGUUCCUGGAGCAAAACGCCAAGGCGCUCAAGAUCCGGCGGAUGAAGAGACUGGCCGUGAGCGGCGCCUUCCACACCCCGCUGAUGCAGAGUGCCGUGGAGCCCUUUGCCAAGGCUUUGAAAUCGGUGCGCCUGCAGGAUCCCGUCAUCAGAGUGUACUCCAAUGUGGAUGGCAAACCCUAUCGCCAUGCCAAGCACAUCCUCGGCCAGCUGCCCAAGCAAAUCGUGCGGCCCGUCAAGUGGGAGCAGACCCUCCACGAGAUGUACGAGCGCAAGCAGGGCGUCGACUUUCCACGCACCUUCGAGUGCGGCCCUGGCAAAGGACUCGUUCAGGUCCUCGAAAAAGUGAACGCCAAGGCCGCUCAAUCCAGCUUGAAUGUCGCAGCCUAAACAACCCCACAUAAAUCUUCUGUUUGUUUUUAUAAAAA